AUGGGCAACUGCUUCUCUAACGACAGCGGCGGGAUGUCGGCGGUGGGUGGCACCGCCGCUGCUCACGGAAAUCCCUACGACGGUCCAAACGACGCCGUCGAUUUGUUCCUUAGGAAUCGCGGCUACAACGGCCUCUUCUCUCAGAUCGAGUUAUCGUUUGCUGCAAUAGACUUGCGCGAUCGGGACGUGCUCUCUAAGAGUGAUCCCAUGGUGGUUAUUUAUACAAAAGGAAGAGAUGGAGGACUUUCAGAGCUUGGUCGCACUGAAGUAGUUCUAAAUUCAUUAAAUCCAAAGUGGAUCACAAAACAUAAUAUCACUUAUCAUUUUGAGGUUGUGCAGACUUUGGUGUUUCGUGUGUAUGACGUUGACACUCAGUUUCACAAUGUAGACGUGAAGAUGCUUAGGUUGGAAGAGCAACAAUUUCUUGGUGAGGCAAGCUGUGCACUGUCUCAGAUAGUUCCUAAAUCAGACAGGUUAUUAACCCUCGAUCUUGUAUAUAGAGAAGACUCAGAGUCAAGCAGAUCCAAUCGUCAUCGAGACCGUGGAAAGCUCAUUGUGUAUGCUGAGGAAUCUGUUAGCUCAAAGACAAUGGUAGAGAUGAGUUUAAGGUGUUCAGAUUUGGAAUACAAGGAUCUCUUCUCAAAAAGUGACCCUUUUUUGAUAAUAUCAAAACUUACGGAGAGUGGGACCACAAUUCCAGUUUGCAAAACAGAAGUCAUAAAGAAUGAGCUCAAACCCGCAUGGAAACCAAUAUAUUUAAAUAUUCAACAAGUUGGAAGCAAGGAUAGCCCAUUGAUAAUGGAGUGUUUUAAUUUCAAUAACAAUGGCAAGCAUGAUUUGAUUGGCAAAAUUCAGAAAUCACUGGCAGAGUUGGAAAAGCUUCAUGCUAUUGGGCAAGGAGAGAAUUUAUUUUUACCAACCACUGUUGGGCAUGAUUACCACAACAAGAUACUAAAGAGCCAACUAUUUGUGGACAAGUUUACGGAGAGCGUCCAGCACACCUUCCUUGAUUAUUUGGCUGGGGGCUGUGAAUUGAACUUCAUGGUCGCUGUUGAUUUUACAGCUUCAAAUGGAAAUCCUCGCCUGCCUGAUUCUUUGCAUUAUAUAGAUCCAUCAGGACGGCCAAAUGCAUACCAGAAAGCAAUCAUCGAUGUUGUGGAGGUGUUGCAGUUUUAUGAUUCAGACAAACGCUUUCCUGCCUGGGGAUUUGGAGCCCGACCAAUUGAUGGUCCAGUUAAUCAUUGUUUCAACUUGAAUGGGAGUAGUCAUUACUGUGAGGUUGAAGGAAUCCAAGGAAUCAUGAUGGCAUAUACAAGUGCCCUCCAAAAUGUUUCUCUUGCAGGACCUACUCUUUUUGGACCUGUAAUUACCAAUGCUGCAUUAAAUGCCAGCCAGUCUGUUGCAAAUGGUGGACGAAAAUACUUUGUUUUGUUAAUAAUCACGGAUGGAGUAGUGACAGAUCUCCAAGAAACCAAAGAUGCCCUUGUGAAAGCAUCUGACCUGCCAUUGUCAAUCCUCAUUGUUGGAGUAGGAGGAGCUGACUUCAAAGAAAUGGAGAUUUUGGAUGCUGACAAGGGUGAGAGACUUGAAAGUUCAACUGGACGUGUGGCUUCACGUGAUAUAGUUCAGUUUGUUCCAUUCCGAGAUGUGCAAAGUGGAGAAAUUUCUGUUGUUCAGUCACUUCUAGCAGAACUACCUUCUCAAUUUCUGACUUACAUGCGAUCCAGAGACGUCAAACCAAUUUUGUGA